GGCUUAAAGCAACAUUGUUAUCCUAGUUCGGCGCAUCGUGAGGACGUAAGUGGCAAGCAAAAAUCCAAAUAUAUAUAACUGAGUAAAUAUUAGAUAAUAAACGCACAGGCUCGUGACGCACAGCUAAUCCCAGCGGAAUCAGCAACAACAACAACAACAACAAUUAUUCGGUGCAUUCAACAAAGCCAAUUCACCUGCAACCGCACCUGUAACCACAACAACAACGCCCACAUAAUGACCCUAACUGCAACCAGGAAUCAGGCUCCAUCUGCUUCUCUAUCUUCAUCUUCAUCUCCAUCUCCAUCUGCGACUGUGAUGCCUUCUCCGAAGCUGCAAUCGUCGCCGUCUCUGUCGCUGUCGCUGCCGAUGCCUCUGCUGCUGUCGCUGAUGCUGCUGCUGCUCCUGUUGGUGCCGCCGCAGCCUUGCGAGAGCCGAUACCUGCCGACAAGGUCGCAUGGGGACGAAUUGGAUAAGUUGCGUGAGCUGAUGCUUCAGAUUUUGGAGUUGAGCAAUGAGGAUCCACAACAACAACAACAACAACAACAGCCACACCAAAUGCGUCUGCACAAUGAGGCCAACAAUCCGCUGACCGCUCAGCGUGGCAGCAACAGCGGCAGCAGCGCCAAUGCCGCCUGGCUCCAGAAAUUAGGUGCUAUGGGCGCACUCGAUACGGACGCCGGCUAUGGGCGCUACUAAAGAUGAAACUCCAAAAUCCCAACCAACCAUGACGACCCCCCAUAAAAUUAUAGAAAAA